UGGUGAGAGAAGACAGAGUAAGAGAGAGAGAGAGAGAGUCACACCUUGAGGAAGUUAACAAAACAACGAAAGAAGAACAAAGGACGCGUCAUAUUGAAGAAUGGGACUUGUGCAAUACUUUGUGAUUAUCCUGAUGUUAUCUUCACAGUUGGUGCUCACCUCUCCACCGAUAGAGAGGAUUUACAAAUUAUAUGGCAGAACGUGUAAACUGUGCCCUGCAGCCUGGUAGAGCAACCUCUCUGCUCUCCUUGUCAUCCGGUUGUUCUCGUUUGUUUCUUUCUGUUCUGUCAGGUGAGUAUCAGAAGUCUUGCACAGAGUGUGUGCCCUGUUCUGCUGGAAGCUUCACAACUGAGUGGAACCGUGAGGACAGCUGCCAUCGCUGCUUCGGAGACUGCAGGCCAGAUUAUCAUCUCAAGGUGGUUCAGAACUGCAGCAGCAUAUCCAAUUUAAAGUGUGUCUGUGAGGCUGGUUACAAAUGCACUGAGUGGGACCAGUACACAGAGAACUGCAGAUACUGCGUCAAGAUCCAGGAAACAACCACAACUGCAACAGUCGUGACCUCAGAAAACGAUAAACAGACGCCUUCCACAGUUUCCUCAGGACAUACCAGCACUCCAGUCACAUCCUGCAGAUUUGCUGAAUGUGACGUUAAUCGAGUCCCUCCAACACCCAGCGCAGAUGUGAGGAGCAGACAGCUGGCAGCCAUCUUGAGUUCACUGGUUGUGAUAGGAUGCGUGGCCCUUGUGAUCCUGUUCUGCGUCCGUCGCCCAGGAGAUGAAACGUGUUUCAAGCAAGCUAUUGCAAAACUAUGUAAUGAGGGAAAGCAAGAUGCUUCUCACAAGUCAAAGGAGUCAAAUCAUCAGUUCCCCAGAGACUCAUUCAGUGCAAAGCAGCAGCCACCGUCCCUGUCAGCAGCCAAUAUGGGUCCAGUCCAUGUCCAUAAUCCGGGGACGGUCAUUUUCAGCUUGCUCAGUGAGUUUACAGGGCAAGUUGGUCCAACGGUUGAAGGUGGAAAGACAGCUGAGAGAGUGGCCAGUGUAGAAGAAGAUGAAAGAGACUGUCCUGUUUGCCACCCCACGUCCUCUCCCAGCAUUCACCUCUCUGAGGAGGAGAGGAGCCGAGAGACUGACAGCAUUUUCUUCCCCUCCCAGGAGCAGGGGAAGGACUGCCAUGUGUCCAAAGAGGAGGAGCUAUGAUACGUCGCAAAACUCCCAGAGGAUUUGUGUUGGUGGUUGUGAACAUGACCCUCAACACAUUCCUUUAAAGGAAGGGAUUAUAAAACUGUGAAACUACAGAUGAGUGUGGAGCACAUUUCAUCUUCUUCUGACAAACUAUAAAGGGAUUACAGUGCUCUACACUGACAUUAUUUCCUGCAGCUUCUGGGAAAACCUGUGGCUGGUACGCACCAGAAACUUUAAUUCUGUAAGUUAUAAUUUAAUAAAUCCUGUAAAUACUCUUUGAUAA